GGCGCGCCGCGUGUAGUUCACUGUCCAAACGCCAGGUCUUCUAGCGAGCAUCCACAACCGCUGUUGAACAGCGCUUGUGCGUGGAGACAAAAGAGACCCGCGGGGAGCCUCGCACACGCGUUACGAGUCUUGGACGCGGCCAGUGCGCACCUGGGUCACAUCGCCGUCGGAAGCGGCCACAGAGAAAGCGGAACCUCGGUGGUCGCCGACGCACGCGAACGACGAUGAGCAAGGUGCGCAAGGGCGAUGCGGCGCUGGCGCCCAGGCGAGAUUCGAGGCGCAUGCAAGUGCUCAUGGUUGAGGACUUCGACGUGGCGCCGUCGUCCGUCGAAGAGGACGCACCUCGGCGUCGGGAGGUGGACAACGGUGGCGUGGUCGUCGCCUCGGACUCCGACGUCGAGGAAAACUGCUCGGAUGCGGGCGACGAGCGGCCGUGCAGGUCAACAGUCGCCGUUGACGAGAUCCACUGGCCACUGGGCGUGCUACAGGAGCAAUUCCACAUCCUCCAAGACCGCAUUGUGGAUGAAGUUCGAAGGGUGAUGAGGGAGGAGUUCUACGAAAUGCGCAUGUCCAUGGCGACGCCGCCGGAAUCUCCCGCGCCGGGCUCGCCGGUGCCGCCGACGUCGUUCGAUGGCCAGUUCAAGGCGUUCGCGAAGUUCGGCGACAGCAAGAGCACGGGCGACGCCAUCACGCUCUCGAACAGCGACAAGUGGUUCAAGCAGGCCAAGGUCAUCGACGGCAAGAAGAUCACCACCACCGACACCGGCAUCUACUUCAAGCAGGUCGCAAAGACGAAGAAGGCGCUGAACCUGAAAGAGUACCAGCAGUUCCUGGAGGUGAUAGCGAAAAACAAGAAGGUCGAGGUGGAAGAGAUCAAGGACAAGCUGAGCACGUGCGGCCCGCCUGCCACCACGCGCACCACGCCAGUGGCCACGGGUGGAGCUGUGGCUCGGCUAACGGACCACACCAAGUACACGGGUACCCACAAGCAACGCUUCGACGAGACAGGCAAGGGUCGGGGCAAGGAGGGUCGCCAGGACGUUCCCGCAGACUCCGGCUACGUGAGCGGCUACAAGGACGAGGGCAACUACAACAAGACCCAUUGAAGGUACUCGCCGCGCUCGCGGGCCUAUCCGGAAGCGCGGACACCAACCAGCCACGGGGCGCCCAGGGCAGCGAAUGAGCAGCGCGUCGUGGAGUCCCGCUGCUGCAUCCCACAGACGAGCCUGCAGGAGGCGACAUUGCAUCACGCGCGACCUGCUUGCGGAACACGAUGCCUCCACUUAAAACUUUUUUUUUUCGUUUUGGGAACUGUGAUUCACGCUUAUUAGGCCUCAGCAGCCGCUUGGUGCAGGGAUUCGCAUAUAGCCGCUCACGGCACGCAUCGGCUUGUACCUUUAGAAACGAACGCCUUCCCCGUAAAAGUGAUCGAAAGGCAUGGUUUCUGAAGGGUGGUUCAUACGACGCUGUAAAGUCCCCCUGGUAUGACAAAUGUUAGAAAAUAUGGAACAGAAAACGCUGUAGGAAAUGUCGCAUCAUUAUGUACCAUACUUAAGCCUUAGUCAUACUAUGCCCUUUGAAGCUUCUUCUGAUCAGAAGCUAAGCAGAAAAAAAGGAAAAGUAUAACUUUCGAGAGUGCUGCAGCUAUACUGUAUGAAGCAGAAAUGGACAAACUUCGGCGUUAAAUUUCGUUCGUCCGCAUGAGUGUUUUCUUCCUCGAGGUUGGAAUGGGAGUCACUGCCCCGCAUGUACUCGGUGUGUUGCAGCCGUUUAUCCCGAUCACGGAAGCCUGCCAAUGUUUGCUAGCUGCGGUUUCACUUUCUUGAACGCCAAAGAUUCAGUUCACGGAAGUUGGUGAGGAUACAAUUUGGAACUGGCGAAUGGAAAGCAGAGAUUAUAAGCUUGGUAAUCUAAAUGAGGGAAGUACACUUGAAUUGUUUCACCAUCAUCUUUUUGCAAUAUUGCACUGGCCGGAUUUCUUGUUUAGUGUGCGCCUGAAAAAAAAAGCAUCAAUCUCUCGAGUUGCCAAACUAAGAAGUCUCCCAAAUGCCAUCGGCCAAACAAAAAAGGAUGCAAUGGCCUAUAGGGCCCAUAGGUAACGUGCUUUCAUACUAAACUACCCAUAGCCUCAUGUUCAGAAAGUGGAAGCGUAGCGUUUGAAAACACCCUCUCAUUUGUUCACAGCUAUAUACAGGUAUGCAUACCGUGUCAACGCUUCUCUCUGCAGGAGGAUAUAUGACCGGAUAGUGUCAUUUUUCUGUACAUCAAAUUAUGGCUUACAUGUUGGCGCCACACAAGAUUUUUAUAUACGAAGUUCUUACAGCUGACUUACACCCCUGUUCUGUGUUUAUUCAAGCUGUGUACUUUUCAUUGUUGUCACUGUAGUGUUCAAUAAAAAGUGAAGCGUAUCGUGCAUU